CGGGAAAGAAGGCUCACAAGGCAACCAGACAGAAAGCCAGAGCAGACCAAAUAAAUCCUCUCCCAAUAAUAGAGAGAGCAAAGCAGGAGGUUCUCACUGAUGGGUUCCUGCAACAUAUCCACACUGACGGCCAUGGUGGUUCUGGUGGCCUUGUUGGGCUCGCCAACCAAGGCACAGGAGUCGACCUGCGCUAAUGACCUGGUGCCAUGUGCAGGGUACCUCAACAACACGGACCAACCAUCCACCACCUGCUGCACCGCCAUCAAACAGACCGUGGCUACCCAGCUCCGCUGCCUGUGCAAUCUCUAUUUUACCCCCGGACUUCUCCAGUCCCUGGGCGCUAACACCACCUCGGCUCUCAGAAUUGCCAACGCUUGCGGCGCCGACGCUGUCGGUGUUGAUCAGUGCAAAGCUAUCCUGAGUCCAGCACCAACUGGUUCUCCACCUUCAGCUGUACCGGGAGGUGAUGGUAGCAGUGGUUCGGGCAGGAUUGCGUGGACCGGACUCCCUGCUCUGCUCUUAUUCUGGGCUUCCGUCAUGUAUUAUUAGUCUUUUCGCAGCCGAUAAUUAUAGUCUAUUGAGUAAAUAAGGCAAAGAUCGUUUUGGUAUUAGGGUCCAGAGCAGAAAUUGGAGAUCAUUGUAUUUGCUUCUUGUUGGUCGAGAUUAAUUUAUUUGAGUAGCAUUUUUAGCUUGGAUCA